AUGAUGCCUCCGUCAUCUCUACCCGAUGCCGGCGGCCAAUGGCUUAUGGAGGGGCAAGCGUGCCCAGCUUGUGGCAAUACGGCCGGCGGUUGGGUUUGUGCGGGAGGUGAUGGGCAUGUGGCCUCAUGCGAAGAAGCUUGUCUCUUUCAGGGCGUGUGGGGCAGAUUGCGCGUGGAUCCUGGUGGCUAUUUGUCUGCAGAUCGCUGCCACCAUUGUGUGCACUGGGAUGGAGCAGUGAAAAUCAAGGCGCCUGAUGCCGGUGUGGCAAGUGUGCGAUCACAUUUGAAUGGGCAUCGACUGGCCUCAAUGCACUACAUGAAACGAAUGUCCAAAUUCAUCGAUGGGACCCGUUGUUGUCGAGAAGCAACAUUCCAAGGUCAGAUGAUGGCGAGACCGGGUCCUCAACCAGGACCGUUCCAAGCUCGUAUUCGGGCAUUCCAACGUGUGGGGCACCGCUUGCCGACGGGUGACUUGAUGCAGCACAUGGUGCAGACUUGUGACGAGCGCCUGGCCGUGGCUGUGCAACGCGACGGGCUCAUCCGACGCGGGUCAGUUUUGUUUCGUUCCCUGCAAGAAGACGGCUACGCGGUCCUCCAAAUUUCUGGUGGUGCUUUUCUGACUUGCAAAGUGGAGAGGAACUCGGAGUGUGCAAGACACCCAAACCAGGUGUGCUUCAAUAUCUGCCACUACCAGCAGCAAUGGAAAACUCUGGGGGAGGUCCGCGGCUCCAGCAUCAUUUGCCUCGCGCCGCGCUUUGGUUGGCGGCAUGAUUUUACGUUGCCGCUGUCCAAGGUCUGCUGGCGAGUGUCCGACAUGGUGGCGUCUGUGGAUCAGCUGCUCUCGGGGUCCAAAGCCAAACAGGAAGCGUCCGAGGCCAAGGUGGCAGCACGGUGCGCGAAGCUGCUCGAAAUGUGCCGCGCGGACAUGGCCUUGGACUGCAAGGACUUUCAGGCCUUGAGGCAAUUGUUUCCUGUACGAGUCCUUUGGCAUCAAGAUGGGCAUGGACAACUGCUGCCGCUGCAGGCUUGCCUUUGUGCGGCAUGUGGGCGUGGUGUGCAGGCAGAUGGCGUCCGCACGCCCGUCGCCUUGGGCUUGGCACUGGACAAGCUCUUCCACGCAGUAGUGCCCAAAGUCCAAUGCACAGCUUGCGGCGUCCGGAGGCUGGACAUUACCUCCGCUGGCAGCAGGUUGCAAUGCCCACCGGACGGGCUGCGGGUGCAGGUCGAUGUGUUGCAGCGGCGGGUGGUCGACAUGUCGUUGACGGACUGGUUGUGCCGCGUGUACCGCAAGCACUGGAACCAGUCGGCCCUGCAAGCAACCUAUGUAGAUCUCAUUGGGUCCGCCUUACCGUACACGACAGCCGCCGUGAAUGACAAUUUGAGAAAGAUUGUGUUUCUCUACCUGAAAGGGGGCAUCCCGAGCGCUCGGCACUUAGCCAACAUCGUGCUCCUCUCUUUUCAGACACAUGAACUCCCACGGCUGGAGGAAGAGGUGAGGUGGGUCUGCGCCCGCUUUGGGGCAGUCAUUGCCGUGGACGGCUCCUCGGCCCCUCUGCAAGAGGCCAGGCAAUACCGACGCAAACAAGACCGUGAUCACCGGCGCGGCGAUCCCGGAGCAGCGCUGCGUGCCCUGGGACUAUUUGACAUUCCCUUGUGUCCGACAGUGUUUGUGAGGUCUGAAGGGAGAGCUGCGGUGGCAGAGCUCGUGGCAUUUUUGGUGGCCCAAGCCACGAUGGUGGACGCCGAAGCGCUGCCACUUGGGUGGGUCCAAGAUAACACAGAGUCCAUGUGGGCAACCAUGGUGCAUGUCGCCCAGAAGCUGUUGCAUGCCCACCCUACCGCUAUGCAGGUUGACUACUUGGAGAAGCGAGUCUCUGGUUUUUUUGUCGGGAUCGAUCCGAAACACGUCGAGUGGAGGCUGCAAGAAGCAUUGGACGCCAGAUCGGCAGAUUUCUUGCAAGCGGCGUGGGCUUUGCGCACUUUGUUUUCGAAGCUCUUCAAUCUCCCGGCUGAAGAAGGGCAGUGGAGAGCAGAAGGAGGGUGCCAAGCUCAGGAUCGUGACUCACCCGAGCGGGAUGGGCGGGCGCUGUUCCAAGAUUGGCUCCAAAAUAGCAAAGUGGGCCAGUCUGGCCACGCCGGCAAGGUGGUCUUCGAGGCCUUCCUGCAGGCAGCGCGAGGAGAUGCGGCUGCGCUGCACUUCUUUCGACCGGACGGGACCUGCCCGCCUCGCGCUGUUGUGUCGAAUUUCCUGGCUGCGAUGGGCUGCAAAGCGGAACAGCAAGCAUUGUGGGCGGAGGCGCGGCCAGAGAAGGUUUUCCCAGAGGACUUGGAUGCUUUCACGGCUUGGUUUGCACUGCCCAUGGCUCCUUGA